AUGACAGACGUCGCGAAAAAGGUACAAGACUACAAGGAUUCUCUAAAGCAGAAAGCCGAGCAUCUGAUUAUCAAAGGAUUUCCAGAGAAGAUCGUAAAAUUGAAUGAACUUCUAGAAACAUCAAAUUUCCAGAAUCGCGAUUUAGCUGAUGUACAUCAGGACUUAAACAUUCCAGUGCCACCUCCUGCAUCAGCAGCGAAUGAGCCAAAUGCCAAACGUCCACGAGUGGACUCAUCAGAGGUGUCGAGCAACUCGACUCUGCAUGAGGGCACACGAGUGUACGCCCUGCCUAAUGGUACAGUGCCAUGCAACAAGCCGCUUAGUGACCUCAUUCAUCUUGUAAAACCACACAUUAGGGAACUGGUUGAAGAUUCAAACUUGCUGAAAAUGUGGAUAUCAUUCAUGAUUCCUAAAAUUGAAGAUGGCAACAACUUCGGUGUAUCAAUACAGGAAGACACACUUGCCGAGAUACAGUCCGUGGAGUCGGAGGCCGCCGCCUUCUUUGACCAAAUCUCACGAUAUUUCAUUUCGCGGGCGAAGAUCGUGUCUAAGGUCGCUAAAUACCCACACAUUGAUGACUACAGGAGAGCUGUCCGAGAGCUGGACGAGAAGGAGUACCUGUCCCUUUGGCUAGUGAUGUGCGAAAUCCGUAACCGUUACUGUUCACUUCACGACAUUGUCAUCAAGAACUUGGAGAAGAUUAAAAAGCCACGUUCCUCAAACGCAGAGUCUCUGUACUAG